ACAGUUUGAUACGAAGUCAUGUGAGUUGUUAGGCCUAUGACUAUUUUGUUUCAUUUAGCCUAUAGGCCAAUGUGUUUUGUAUUAAUUAGGGAGAUGUCAGUUUUAUUUAUAAUUGGCCUCUGUUUUAUGUGCAAUAGGCCAAAGUGUAUUUUGUAGUUGUUAUAGUCCAUUUUGUUAUUUUUAUUUUUGCACAGGUAUAUCUCAAACAUUUUAUAGGCUGUAGCCUAUUUAUAAUGUAAGAGCGCAUAGGCCUUGGAAGACAAAUUUGGUUUGUGAAACUAAUAUCAAUAUUAUAUUGGUCUAUUGAGCCCACAGUAUUGUCUAAUGUUUAGCAACUGUUUGUAGUGCUGAAACGUAUAAUAAAGCAAUAUUCUGCAAUGUGAACUUCCAAAAUUCGUAUUGUAUGCGUUCUGAUAGUGAGAGAAACUUUUGUUUUCGGGAAUAAUAUUAAUCCCGUUCCCACCCUUCAUCUCUUUAAAUUUGUCUGCCUUGUACCCUGUACCCUACCCAUUUUCCUCUUUUAUGUUGCUUCUGGCGCUCACUAAACACUUUUCCACUGUUUAUAUUAAUCGACCUGACCAUUUAUAGCAUGCCUGGUGGGAGAUCUUAAGAGGACAUUCUUUUACUUUGUAUCGAGAUGAAAGCUUGUUGCAGCCCGAUCAGGGGCUUCCUUUUGAAUACGAUUUAAAUGUUUAGUUAUUAAACUAAAUUUAAACGUUCCGAGUGGCUAGACAAGGUAGGAGAAAGGGAGGACCUUCAAAAUAUGAACACUGGAAGAGGGAGGAAUGGGCGUGCACGAGAAAUACUUUUGGAAUGCACGGUAGGGCGACAGCCGUUGCCUGCUUCCAUUUUGCGGUUAUGGCCGUUUCUCCCUCGCGUUAUUUGCAUGUUGUCAUCACACUUUUGUUUCUCUGUCAUUUGACAACAAGAAGAAUGCACAGCAGCCUACCUUAACGGACACUUAGAGGUUGAGCCUGAAGGCGAUAUGACGGCAUAUGAGAUUUCAUGCAAUGGGAAUUGUUUUGUAUUCAAGUUCAAGUUUAUUACCCACAUGGCAGAGGUACACUGAAUUGCAUGGGCAUUACAAUAAUAAAAAGAAUACCAGCAACGAAACCAUCUUAAAAAGUCUAAAUAUAUAAAAUAAAACAGUCAAACGGACUUAUAAAACUGUUCAAAAGAAGAACCUGCAGUGCAUCAGUCCGUUUUCACUCGCAGUUGUUGAUGAGGGACGUGAGGAAAGAGAUCGGGGAUCUUUUGUAUCCUUCAGUUCGCGCUGAUCGGAUUAAAAGUUUGUUUUGCUUCCUCGUCUGCCUUCUUACUGCGACCCUAGUAGGCGGUAGCCUGAACUGGGAGGUGAGGAGGUUUUUGGCAAAAUCAGCGCAUAGAUCCUUCUGUCCUGUAGAGAGCUGAGGGAGAGAGGGUGCGUAAGGCUUUUGGGUGCGUAAGGCUUUUUAGUGUUCCUCUAAAAUAAGUUUUUAGACUUUUGAAUAUUUAUUUCGGCAACCUGGUUGUACCGAAUUUCAUUCCCAUUCAGCAUUAAGCAGUGUCUGGCGACCAUGCGGCUACAUACACCGAGAAGAUGACAGCUCUUUGGCUGACCACAGACCCCUCUCAUCUUCCAAAUAUGACCCACCUACCUGGGAUAACAGCCUCCAAUAAUCAAACAUGUGGAAACAACGACUCCUUCAAGUUCCUGGCCUACACCGUCACGUAUUGCUUCAUCUGUCCUGUUGGCUUCUUAUGCAACUCACUGGCCCUGUUGGUCUUCUUCUGCUGCACACCCAAGAAGUCUGCCAACACCAUCUUCAUGAUUAACCUGUCAUUAUCGGAUGUGAGCUUCUCCUUGACCCUCCCUUUCCGCCUGGUGUACUACCUGCAGGGUGGUCAGUGGGACUUCCCGGACUGGCUGUGUCGCUGGUGUGUCUUCUCCUUCUACCUCAACCUCUACACUAGUGUGCUGUUCCUCACUGGGCUCAGUGUGCUCAGGUAUUUGGCCGUGCUGCAUCCUAUUCAGAACAAGACCCUUGUCACAGUCCGGAGAGCCUGCUGGGUUUGCUUGGGGAUCUGGGUGUUUGUGGCACUCUCCUCCAUGCCAUUCCUCCUCUCUGGGACUCACCAGCAUCUGGGAAAGACCCGCUGCUUUGAACCUAGAGGGCACAAAGCCUGGAAGCUGAUUCUGGUCCUGAACUAUGUUGGGCUGGCCUUAGGCUUCCUCCUCCCUUUCCUGACUAUCCUGGCCUGCUACAGCCGUAUCAUCCACAGGCUGACCACCCGGGAUAAGAGACUAAGAAGAACGCAGGCGAAUCGACAAAGGCCAGUGUACCUAGUUGCCGUGAUCCUGACCACCUUCCUCCUCUGUUUCUUGCCUUAUCACCUGGCUCGUACAGCCCACCUCCAUGCAGUCAUCUUGCAAGACAGCAGCAAGCCUCAGGACUGCUGGCUAACAGAGCUCCUGCAGAAGAUCCUGGUUAUGACACUUUGUCUGGCUACCUCCAACAGUUGCUUCAACCCUCUGCUGUACUACUUUUCUGGAGAAAACUUUCGCAAGACUGUAUGUGCCGCCUCUGUGCGCUCCCGAAAAUCACCCGGCUCCUUUAACCGGGGCAGCCUGCUCGACUCCAGGGGUAAGUUCAACCCCCAUCACUUGUCUCCCCCAGUCAAGGAUAAAGGCCUGAUCCAGGACAACAACGCCAUCCUGAACAGGGCAGCGCAGGUAUGAUGGAACAGAAAAAUGCCUUGCUUGCCUUUUGAAAAUAGGAGGGUCAAGACAUGGAAGAGGAGUAGGACGCAAGUGACUGAAGUUCCACGAACCAGGUGGCUAGGUUCAGAAAGCGAGAUUUCAGAAUCAAAACUUGUGGGUUAUCAUGCAUGCUCUUUGUAGAGGGUGAUGUGAUCUUCUAUGUACACAAGCUCAGUGUAAGGUUUCUGACUGAAGAUACCUACAAGGCAGUAUUACAAUAAUUUCAAUGUGGCAUUGUAUUUUACCCUCUGCUGUCCACAAAAAUGUUCCAUGCAGGUCUUCAAUUUAAGAAUUGUAAGAACAGCUUUUGUAUUCCAUUUGAUAUAAGGUGUUAUAAUUGCUCACACAAAGUUAAAGAAUACUGUCAGACAUGGGAAACCAAACAAUGCGUAGAUGAGGUUGUGCAAUAUUACAUGUUACCUGGAAGGGAGAGAUUGAUAUCUGAGACUAGAGGAUAUCGGGAGAAGAGACCAUUCUCUAUACAAAAGUAGGCAGGGGUUUUGGUUUAAAUUAAAUUUAAACUUUUGAGGGGCAUAGAACCAUGCAAAGUAUGGGAUUGCCAAACAGGGGGAAAUUAUGUUAGCCUGCCCUUAGCUGGUAAGGUUACCAUGAAAGCCUGUUUUUGGAUCCCCCCAGAAAAACAAUGGUCUUGUGUCCUACUCUGAUGAAAAGGGGGAGCCACUAUAUCUCUGCUUGGAUUAUACUGCCAUAAAGGACAGCCAAACCAAAAGUUUUCCCCCAAUUUUCCAGGAGUUCAGCUUGAUCCACUUUUAAGGGGUUAGGGAAUAAUUUUACAGUCUAUCCCGCAUUGAUAGAAUUAAAAAAAAAAUCUAUUAAUAGAUUUUGUGGUGUUCACAUAAGUUAAAAAAUACAACAUUAUUCACUCAAUUAUGUUUCAAUAAAUUUUUCUUUAAAAACAUUUAAAGUCCCUGACCCUAAUGUAUCAAACGAUAAAGAGAAAUAUGUGUAUUUCUUUGCUCAAUAAAAUGUACAAUAUUUAUUUUGGAAGAAAUUAAAAACCAAAACAAUAAUUCCAGUCCAUUUUUGUCUUUCUCUCUCCCAUUAACUGCCGACUUUCUCAGCAGUUAGGGUAACCAAGACAGGGAUUCCAAGGAUUGCCAUUGUGUGAGAAUGUGGUAAUGCCUGAACUAAAGGAGAAUGGGCUGAAUCCAAUUUUAAACUGGUCUACUUAAGUUUGAAUUCAACCAACAAUUAAAAUUCAUAGCCAACAGAAUACACUAUAUGACCAAAAGGAACUCAACAACUCUGGGGCUGUUUUUAAUGGUUUGGGCUAGGCCCCUUUGUUCUAGUGAAGGCACAUCUUAAUGCUACAGCAUACAAUCACAUUCAAUACAAUUCUGUGCUUCCCCAACAGUUUGGGGAAGGCUCUUUCCUGUUUCAGCAUGACAAUAUCCCCAGGCACAUAUAGAACAUGUUUUGUGGUGAAUGGUGUGGGAAAACUUGACUGGCCUGCACAGAACCCUGACCUUGAGCCCAUCCAACACCUUUAGGAUCAAUUGUAAAGCCAACUGUGAGCCAGGCCUAAUCAGUACUCGAGCUCACUGAUGCUUUUCUGGCUGGAGGUUGUUAUAGCAGCAAAGGGUAGACCAACCCCACAUUAAUGCCCAUAAUUUUGAAUGAGAUGUUGAAUGGUGUCCACAUAAUUUUGGCCAUGUAGUGCAUGUACUGUAAAUUAACAUAUUACAGAUUUAGCAAUGUUCUAUCUGUAUACAUUCUUGAUCUAAUAUCCUUUCAUAUCAAGACCCCCUUGGACAUUUGGACAUUUCAGUGAAAAUUCUUCAUGGACAGGUUAAAGGUUAAGUAAAAGCCAGUGGUUAUUAGCCUGCUGACAACAUCUUGGCCUAUUUGUAGCACAAAUCCCUGGUCAUUCAUCAUUAUCACAGAGUAGUGAUUGUGCUUGAUAUGCAUGUUAAUAAACAUACAUAGUGUACAGUAUUCAUUCAUUUAUUAAUAUGUAUGUAACACAUAUGGAAGAUCAUUUUAUGUUUGCUAAUGUGCAUGCAGGUUUUGUUCUAUUCUAGCACUAAAACACCGGACUCACCAAAUAAAGGCCUCAGAUGAACACAA